AGAAAAUGUUCUAUUGAUUUUAUUGUUCUGUUUCUGUGUGCAGUUCAAUGUGCCUUUGGGCUUUAAGCCGAUAUGGAGCGUUGUAACAUCAGCCUCGAGGAAAAUGAGAACCUCCUUCGCACCAUUAGGACUAUCAAGAGCUUAGAUAAAUUAUAUAAGACCUAUGUACCUCAAACAUUGGACAGCACAUUGAAAAAAGCACCCGUGUCUAUACUAAAGCACAAAAAAUCCGAUAAUAGUGACGUCAAAAAUUCCCAAAUGGCAAUAGGUCAGAUACAAGAUAGCCAGGAAAAGACAGACUCCACUACUACCAUACGACCUAGUGAGGACCUUUAUGUCGCAACCUCUAAAAAUCUACCACAAGAAUAUGUUGCUAACAUUUUUAAAGCUACUGGUAUGUCAAAACAUCCGGUAUCCCGCGAUCAGCAGGACUUGAGAAAACCACAUGCUCGCAUUUCUUCCGGGCAAAUGGGUAAGCGAGGUGUGAAUUCUUCAUCUUCCGAGCUCUCAGCAACUGGAAGUGCUCCGGUCUGUGGCAAUCCCAUGAACUUCGUAACCUUCGCAGAACCGGAAAUUCGAAAUACGUCUUUCUUCGAUCAGGGACCAUCUAAUACCGCCAAUGAGUGUUGCUGUGAAUUUUCAUCUCCGCCGUCGCCGUCUUUAAAGCAGGACUCAUCUGAUCUGACUGUAGAAUAUUGUUGCUGCUCUCAAAACACUAUCCAACUGGAGCAGGCUUCAAAUCAGUCUGAUCUAGAAGACGGUACGAAUAUAUCGAACUACAGUGUCGUUGGGGAGCAAGAAGUCAUGGAUGAGGAACCGUAUUCCGCGGACUCUUAUGAGAAAAUCGAUAGGGAUAAAUUGCACGACGAAUUCAGAGACUAUGAGCAACGUUCUUUAAAAAGUCAAGAAUCAGAGGAUCGGGGCCUUAAAAUGCCAGAUCCUGAAAUACUCAAGCCUCGUACGGAAAACGUAAGCACUUUCAGAGGUUUUGAUGCUGUUAGUGAAAGUUCCUCUACUGCUCGCUCUGCAAGAAGAGGCUUUGAGAGACAAAUAUCACCAGGCUUUUCUUGUUGUGCCCCACCUCCGUCGGAGGUUUCAUUUCCCUCUUCUGACCAAGUUCAAGAUUGUGAUCGUUCGCAGUCCAACUGUCUGGACAUCGACAGCUUCCUGAGAACCCAACACCAACGACCUCCAUCGAUACCAAGUUGCGACUGCUGCUUCGUCAACAAUAUGCUGGAAGGCCAAAGUGUUUAUAUGACCGAUUACAGACCAAUUUUAUCUGCGGGCAACCAGUUUAAUCAGUUUUCCCAGCCAGGAUACGGACCUGAGUCUUUUCACGGAGAGUGCUGUUGCCAGGCCAUGCCAUUAAGCGGAGGAUUUGAAGCCACAUAUCCGUGUUCCAAUUUUACGAUGCCCUGGGACAGUCAGUGCCUUCCCACCACAGGAUGUCCUCUUCCUGGCACUUCCAAUUCCUUCUGCUAUUCACCAGGCACUGAGUUCUGCGAGGGCCUAUAUAAUGACAUGGGCGGUUGUUGCUCCACUGGAAUCUAUGGAAUUGGAGUCCCGGUUAUUGCUGCUCUUUUCCAUGCGGCGCUCGAAUGGAUGGAUCCUGAUGUAGAUACCAAAAAUGCGGAUUUCAAAAUAUAA